AUGGCCCUGCUGCGGGCGGCGGCGCUGCCGGCCGAGGGCGCCGCGGCCUGGCUGCCCACGCACGUCCAGGUGACGGUGGUGCGGGCCCGCGGCUUGCGGUGCAAGGGCGGCGGCGGCGGCAAGCCGGGCACCAGCGACGCCUACACCAUCAUCCAGCUGGGCCGCGAGAAGUACAGCACCUCGGUGGCCGAGAAGAGCCCCGGCGAGGCCGAGUGGCGGGAGGAGUGCUCCUUCGAGCUGCCGCCCGCGCCCGCCGCCUGCAGCCUGCUGCUCACCGUCAUGCACCGGGCCCUCGUGGGCAUGGACCGCUUCCUGGGCCAGGCCGUGGUGCCGCUGGAGCCCGCCCCGCACCCGGGCCGCGCGCCCGACCAGCGGUGGCACAAGCUACACUCCAAGCCUGGGAAGAAGGAGAAGGAGCGUGGUGAGAUCCAAGUGAGCAUCCAGUACACACGCAACAACCUCACGGCCAGCAUGUUCGACCUGUCCAUGAAGGACAAACCACGGUCGCCUUUCGGCAAACUGAAGGACAAGGUGAAGGGCAAGAAGAAAUACGACUUGGAGUCGGCCUCUGCCAUCAUCCCCAGCAGCAUGGGCGCCCUCGACAUGGAGGAUGACUAUGAUGUUGGGGGCAAGAAGUCCAAAGUCAAGGGCUUCUUCCUGAAGAACAAGCUUCGCAAGUCUUCCUUGACCCAGUCCAACACCUCCCUGGGAUCCGACAGCACCAUCUCUUCAGCCAGCCUGGGCAUGGCUGUAAAUGUUCCCGAGGUAACCAAAUCCCCCAGCAGACACAGCAGUCUGUCCACGGAGCACUCUGUUAAAGACUACUUGCCGUCUCCAAAAUUGACCCACAAGAGAGCGUUCAGUGACGACGUCUCCCAGGUCAGCGCAGCACCAGAGCCGAAAGCAAUCCAAAGCCUGAAGCCAAAGAACGAUCCCGUGUCUCGGUCCUCUCUCUGCAUCAACGGGAGCCACGUUUACAGUGACGAGCCUGCCCCAAAGAGCCCCGUGUCUGCCCCGCAGAGCUCCGCGCCGCUCUCCGUGCCCAGCGUCCCCAAAAGGCCGGAGGAGAGCUUUGGCUUCACUCCCCUCCAUCCUGACUCCCACGAGGUGCCUUGGGGGGUCAGCAACUUUGAGAGGAUACAGCAGAGAGACGAGCCCAGGUUCAUCCCGUCUCCUCCCAGCUUAGCCUUGCAAGAGGAGCUCAAGGUCUCCACUAAAGCCGUAACCCUCAGUAAUCAUCUGGGCAGAGCCAAGAUGGAAGAAAACAAUCGCUUAGAGGCCAAACCUACCCAAGUUGCAACACCCAUGGUCUUCUCUGCGGAGGUGACAAAAGAAAAACAUCCUGAAGAAAUGAGGAAGGAAGACAAGAAAGCUAAGGGCAGUCUCUUCCACCACACAGGCAACAAGAGCGAUGUGGGGAGCAAAGGCCAGGGAGAGAAAGUGGGACCCUCCCAUGGUUCAUCCGUCCAAGCGACGGCAGGUGGAGACGAAAGAAAUAGGACCAGCGGCUGGUUUGGUUCAAAGGAACCCAAAGAGUCUCCUCAGAAACCCAGUUUCCCGUCUGGGCCGCAUGCUUCAACAGAGGUCGCUGGGAGCUUAUAUUCCUCUGAGGAUUGCAGUCCCUCUGCCUCCCUAAGAGUUAAAGAUCCAGAGAGGGAGUCUUCAGCCAAAAGCAUUUGUGUCCCUGUUCCAGAAACUACUCCCCCAGCAGAAGGAGACCUUGCUCCUCCAGAUGAGAAACCUGCAAUUCCUCCUCCCCUCUCCGAGUGGGACGAUACUUUUGAUGCCUUUGCUACCAGCAGGCUCAAACCAGAACUGAAGAAAGAAAAUUUAUUUGCUUCUGUAGCAGUGGAGGGCAUGGCUUUCAUUGAUGAUCCAGAUGCAGGUAGUCCAACAGAAAGGUCGACUGACCUGGCUCACGAGAAUGGGGCAAAGGUAUUUGAAAAAGCUGAUUCCCAAAUUAUCAGUGAAAUGCCUGCAAGUCUACGGUCCUGGACAAAUUUCUCCAGUUUAGACGUAGGGGCGAACUUGGUGAGCACAACCCAGGAAGCAACUGUGAUAGAAGAUGUGUUGAGCCCUGUGUCUGCAGGGUCAAUGGGAAGGAGGAAAAGCAGCACACCUACAGUUUGGACAGCCACUUUUGCAUCAGGAAAUCCAGGGGAGAAGGAAGCAUCAACACAACUAACUGCUGAAAAUAUUGCCAAGGAGGAACAGGAUAGUAAGGAGGAAGAACUCACUAGUGCAGGGGAAAAUGGAUGGAUGACCAUAGCCACCGAAACGGCUUCUGAUCUGUCAGAAAGUGCCCAAAAUGCAUUUGAGAGGGAGCACAGAGAUCAGGAGAGCACAUUUGAACAACGGCCAUUCCUUAAUGAAACCAUCUUUGAAGAGAAGAGCAGUUCUCACGCUGCUACAUGCAUGCUUCCCAGAAGUAACUUCACCCCCCAGAAUCCCUCUGAAACACCUCCUGGGAGCAACAUUGCUGCCGUACCCCCACGGGUGCUUAGGAACGUGGUGGUCAAACAGUUCCCCAUGGCACCCAAGCCAGAGAAGGCACUCCAGGGUGCAGGUAGUGAAGAAGAAAUGUUUGACAUACGGACAUCAGUCUACCGGCUGCAGGCUAGCAUGCGACUAGAGGCCAGAGAAAGUCGUAUAAAAGUCAGCCCAGACGUUCUUGAGGGACACACGUUCCCCUCUCCACAGACUGAUAUCCAAGAGAGGGAGGGGACGGCAGCUGGCCCGGAUGUGCCAAUGGCUGCACCACCCCCCAAACCUCCGCGGCGGUUCGCAACCAUGGACAGCAGAGAGGAAGGUGAGGAGGACACUCCCAACCUGCAGCUGGAGCUGCAAGGCGAUGAGGACAAGCAGGAAAGUGCAGAGGGCCCCAAAGUGGAAACAGAGCUGCCAGGGGCCCAGUUGAGCUGUGAGCCCACUGUCCCAGGAUCUCCCAGCCUGCUUGCACUCAGCACCAUGGGAACUGAACCUGGGAGUGAGUUUCCAAUCACCAAAGAUGCCAGCUCUGCUGCUGAGGACUUGGCGGCUAAUUUGGAGGCAAGAGCUCCUGAGCUGGCAAAACGGAACAACUCUUUGGGGGAAAACCCGUUGGAGAGAAGUAAGACUGAUGUGGCUGAGCAGUUUGAGACUUGCCCAUCGAAAUUCUCCCUCAAUGGGUUAGACCUGUCAGGUGCUGAUGGGAACUCCAGCCAGCCAAGCUUAUCUGCAGUAAUUGGGGCCGCCCAGCCGCAGCCACUCACCUCGAUACACUCCUCUGGGCCGGCAGACGGUGCCAAGUGGCUGGCUGCCCCAGAGCAGGAGCUGUUCCCUGAGAAGCUCAUUCCCUCAGGACUAAUCCCAUCUUCUGAAGUAGACUCAGGCCAACCGGAAUUCUUCUGGACGGCUCUGGAGGAGCCGGCGGGUCGCCCUCCAGGCCCCAGCAAGGCUGCUCGACCUGAAAGGUUAGCGCAUGGGGAGAGUCUGCCCCAGCUGGAGAUGGAGAUGGUGUGGGGAGACAGUGAGGGGCAGUGCGGGCUAGCAGCCGGCCCCAGCAAGCGAGCAGGAGGCCAGCGUGAGCCUCACAGCCCUGAGGUGGUGGCGGGCCCUCCCCAGGAGGCAGAGGAGGGCAGGCACUCGUCUAGUGAGCCCGAGGGGCCACCGGGGCCAUGGUGUAGGUGGUCAGCAGACUGCAGGAUAGACUUCAAGAAGGCUGAUUUCUGGCAGCCAGAUAGAGCAGAGAAGAGGAGUGAGCAGGAUGCUUUGGCCUUGGGCAAUCCUUUUGCUUCCGCAGUCAGCCUAAAUACCCCAACAAAUCCCUUUGUGGAAAAGCCACCAGACACCCUCCCUGUUCGAGCUGUACUACCCGAAAGGCCUGGUCAGGGAGGCUUCAGCUUCACAGACCUCCAUGAGGAAGCUCUUCAGCAAGGCUUCCAGCUCACUAACCUCCCCCAGGACCAUCUAGGCAAGCCUCCUUUCCUGCAUGACAGCCAGCCUUUGGCCUUCUCCACCCCUUUCCCCGUGGCUGCAACUAACCCUAAACAGUUUGAUUUCCCUUCCCCUGUUGCGUGCCCCACAAGUAGUGAGGUCCCUGCCGUGACCAGCCACGCAGCAGCCCAGCCCUGCCCUUUGCUGCAGUCCGGUGACACACAAGCUUCAGCGCUCGUGGUUUUGCCCAGGGAGACACAGCCAGCUGAGAAGCCCUUUUUCCAGCAGACAACCAGUCCUCAUCCAGUGAAACCAAUAAGUGCUGCAGUGCAGGAGGUCUCCAGUGAGAAGAAGCAGCACAGGUCCAGCCUGACAACUGCGCUGAGCAGUGGCCUGGAGAAGCUGAAAACAGUUACCACGAGCAGUGUCCAGCCCAUGGCACAGUUCUCUCAUCCAGAAAAAACAGACUCAAAGAAGUUAAAGGAUCCCACCUUACCAGACCAGUCAGCCAAGUAUUAUCACUUGACCCAUGAUGAACUCAUCCAGCUCCUGCUGCAGAAGGAGAAGGAACUUAGCAAGAAGGAGGAACACAUCCAUGAACUGGAGAAUUACAUUGACCAGCUGCUGGUGCGCAUCAUGGAACAGUCUCCCACACUUCUCCAGAUCCCGCUGGGGGAUGGAAAGACCAAGUAACCUCUCUGCAGAGACCAGCAUCACUUGCCUAGGGCACUUCUCCAAUAAACACGCUACAAACAUCCCUGCACUCCCCCCUCCUCUUACAAGAGGGCUCCAAUGGCUUAAGUUUGCAGAGUUUAGCAGGAAAGGUUAUCUGCUCCUUCCCAGUCCAAGCUUUCCCUUGCUCUGGCUCUAGGGAACUGUAGGGUGAUGGGCUGUCCUCCACCCAAUGGGGAGGAGCAGAGUCCUCCCCAGGAGGCCAGUACCUCCGUUGGUUCCUGUCAUUGUGACCAAGUGGCAUCUUCUUAGGCACUCAUCCUGCUAGUGCUUUAAGUGGUUCAUGGAUGUUUAGGAGUCAGAAACUGGCCGCCUAGCCCUUGUCUUCAUCCUGCUACUGCUGCUCUUCCUGCCCACCCUCCUCCACAUCUCUGAAAUGGUAUAUCCUGGCUGAUGGACAGGGUUAAACUAGUUGAUGCUGUAUUGAGGAUACUUAAACUUGGCAAUGGCCUAGCCGCAUGUUACUGUCCACUGAGGAUGCUGGGCAGGGUAGCUAGGGGAAGAGACUGUUGGAUGCCUCUUUUCCUUCCUGUCCCAUGUGUCAUACCCCAUAUUGAAGGGUCUCCAUCUGAAGAGCCAGCUUCUCUUUGUACCUGACCAUGUUUGAGAUGCUACAGAAAGUGACAGUGUUGGAAUUGGAGGCCAUAAAGGACUUAAGCCAGUGUCACUGCCUGAUUGUGAGCUGUGUCGGUACCCUCACUGCGUGCAUGCAGAUUUGUGACGCUGCCUUAGUUAUUCAGCUCAAAACUAAAUUCAUAAUCUGGAGGAAGGGCCAGUGGUGGUUUGUGCAAUGUCAGUAUGGUAGAAGCUCUUCUCUAACACCACUCAACCCAUCACCAGGCUGGCUGGCACCAGUAUGCACUGGGGAAUCCCAUAUGUAUAAACCACAGCUGAAUUUUCUACUCAGUAUUACACUCCCCCUUUCCUGUGUUCACAGGGAUUGCUUUUCACUAGCUACCCCAUCCUCUCCACCACUGACUUUGUGUUGACUUUCUUAAUGCAACAGGAAAAUGCCAUAAGGACAGAAGCUAGUGGGAAAGGAAGUCUGACUGCCCAGCAAUCCAUCCCUCUGUGCAUGACAUCCUGUUAAGCCAGACAUCCAUCAAAUACGUGAGAAUACAUUCUGUAAAAUCUAGCAAUUCAGUAAAAGAUGUAGAUCAUCUAAAAGCCAGUAUUAAUAACAUGGCUAGGAUUACAUCAAAUCUGCACACCAACAUCAGGCCUCUGAUGACUUGGGCCCACUAUUAGAUGGUUGAGGCCAGCUGUCAGGAGUUGAAUGCUUCUUGCUACUAACUGUUGAGCAGCCAUAUCAAGCCUUCUGAUUUACUUGGUUUAAUAAUUGCAGGUGAUGUUAGUUUGAGGUUGACAAGUGAUGCUUCUGGCCAUGUGGGAGUAGAGUGUAGCUUUUGAUUUGGAGAUGCUGUUGAAGCAUAUGUAAAGGAAGCAGCUCCCUCUCUUGCUCUGUCUGCUUUUGGCUGAAAGGAUCAGUUGCUGUAGGACUUGAGCUGUCUUUACAUGUAGGACACCUUCUCUCUCCUGUAGAUCUUCAAAAGUUACUUGAUUUUGUUUAAAGCUCUAUAUUCUUUUCUCAUUAUCUGUUUCAACAUAGACCGUGACUAAAAAAUUGUGCCUUUUGCAAUAGAAUAAGGGGAAUUUUCUACAAAAAAAAAAAAGGCUCUAAAAAUCCAAUUCUCCAUUCAGGGUAACUCAGUUUGACCAGCUUUUGUUUCUCUGCUAAUUUGAGAGGAGUGAGUUUAUUUUUAGAAGCAGUUAGCAGAGCCUUCCUAUCUCUAAUUGCAAUUUUGUGAUUUUGGUCCUUGGCAAGAAUGCAAGUGACAUGGGAGAUACAUAUAUUAAAAGAUGACAUGGAGGGAAGAGCAUGGCAAAUGUUCCAAGAUAAAAUACAGCUGAAUAAAGACAGUAUUGGGUCAUACUCAAAGUAUGAGAUUAGAGAGGGCUGUUGGAGUAAGGAGUAUCAGUUUAAAAAGAGAUUUGGCAUUAUUGGUAACGUUUGGUCAUAUCUAGCCUGUGGACCACUGUAUGAGAAGGAGGCUCUGUUUGUGCCUCAGAUAGAGGGGACUUAUGUUCUGGUGUAAGGGCCUGUAUUUGUCCCUCUUUGUAUAAAGUACCAAGAACUACUUGUUGCCUAUACAAUCAAAGGAUCUCCUGACCUGAGAACUGAGUUCCCUUUCUGAGUGUUUAUCUCUUGUGGAGAAUCCUUCUUUUUACCUAAAACCAGGCAGGGAGGCAUUGUGGAAAGCUAGAAAGCAGUACAGUGUCAGAAUAGCCAUGUAGCAUGGGAAGGAAGGCUAGGAGAAGGGGUGGCCGCAACAAAAGACAAAAAUACUGAGCUGCACGGGCUUAUGUCAGACGGACCUUAUUAAGAGGGGAGGUGUAGAGCUGAAAUACCAUAUGAGAACCAGUUGUCCUUGCUGGCUCUCCAUUCUCUGCAGAACAGCUGCUUCCCUGGACUUCUCCCUCAUGAAUGGUCAACAGUGGGAGAUGCCUCAGGCCAUCUUUUAAACUGCUCUUCCAACCUGCAAAGUAGAAGAAACGCCUUUGAGACCAAAUCAGGGUGCCAGCAGCACCCCAGUCCUCUCCCCUUGGAUGCCUUUGGGGCCGUUUGCCUCCUGGCUGCUCUUGUGAGGUUUUUGUUGUGGUUAUGUCUCCUUCUGAGGAUGACUGUAUUGUAGGUGCUCCCCACACACAAGUGCCAAUGUUUUUAAGAGCUUGCUACACCUCCUCCCUGCCUCUUGCCUUCCCUCUCUCUCUCUCUCUCUCUCUCUCUCUCUUCCUUUACAUUUAACUGCCUCUGUAAGCCCCUCUCUGCCUUAGUCAGCUCUCUGCCUUUUUUCCAAAGCUUGAAUGUAUUACACUUUAUAUAUUCAAGUUUAUCUCAGAGCUACAGAAGACUGUAUCAGGUGUAUGGCCUUUUCAGCAAUAUGAGUCUCCUUCCUGUGACCUGCUUUCCGUGCGUCACAACAGAGCGGUGUGGUCCCUGGACUGCCUUUCACCACCGGAAUCUGCUCCAUGUCAGACGUGGUUAGAAAGCCAGCAAAGCAAGUUGGGCCGAAAUGCUCACACCUCAACUUUAUAAUAGCAGAGCAUCUCCAAAGGAUGCGGUGGGUCAUCCACAGUCAUGGUGGUGGGAUACAACAUGGGUACCUUAGCUUCUCACGUUAGACAGGGGCUGUGGGGAAAAAAAAGAGUGAUAAUGACAGCCAAGGCUUCCAUGAUGUUUCAUGUCUGUCCUAGAGCGUGUGGAAGUCCAGAGGUAUCUAUGAAUGACAACUGUGUUUAGCAAAGGACAUCUUUAAAGAUGCUGUUGGCUUUGUUCUCUUGUUUCUUCACCCUACUGUGCUGUAAUCUUUUUCCCCUCCAAACAGUUUUUAUUCUCUGCAUAAGCACAAACAAGGCUUGACUAUACCACGGAAUAACAUUGAAGACAGAGUCUACCUGUGUAACUUUUUUUGUUAAAACCUCUAAGUUACCAGAAAAGGAGCACCUAGACAUCUUCUUUUAGAGAGGGAGCAAAAUAAAGAGUUGGGGAAAAGGUUCUAAAGUUUAACAUUUCUCAUGUCUCAAAUCCACAUUUAGUGAUUUAUUUGCAGAAACAGGGAGAUGAACAGUACUUUUCUCAAUGUGCAAGACAACACCUGGAAUGAUGUUGCUCUUUGCUGAGCCAAAUGAAACUAUUUUAAUGAAGCUGCCUGUGCUGGUAGCAGCUUUUCAGUGGUGCCAUUUUAAACAAGGCAAUUGCAAUAAAUCUGUAUUUUUGUCUUGCAUCUCGAUCUGUCCUUCACUUUCCACAUUCAAACUGUUUCAUAGCUUUUCUGCAGUAUGCUAAUAGUCACAGCUGUGCUCUGCUUUUGUUGUCUGCUCCCCAUCUUUUUUUUUUUUUUGAUUUUAAAGAACUCUGGUCAUGUGAUUUAUUUUUGUCUUUAUUAGCUCUUCUGACCCAGAGUUACAAGGAGGGACAGAAGAAAAGCCAAAUUAUAUCCUGAAACUGGAAAAAAUCUGAAGGGAUAUGGAUACUGAACAGUGUCUUGUAAACUCAGCAUUAUGACUUGUCUGUGAAGAAACAGGAGUUUGUUUUGUGUUAUAAACGUGGGGUGGAAAAACAUCCUGAAACUGGAGGGAGAGGUGUUGGGGUGUUUGGGGUUGUUGGUUUCCCUGUACUUCAUGUAUGCAGGAAGUAGGUUCUGUGUGUUUCAUGUUUUAAUAGUAGCAACUAAUGUUUAUAAAGCUUGUUAUUUACGUUUUAAGCACUUUAAAAAAAUAAAAGUUGUUCAAGCUGUUCCUA